CCCGGUCUCUUGUCAGCAUCUGGGAGGGAGGAGACGAGGCACAAGACGAGAGAACACUGUGAGAAGAGGAGCAGUGAGUAGCGCUGCCAGGAGGUGUGCAACGAACAGCAUUGGAGGACGCUGUUGCCAGAAGAAACCCUGGUGGUUGAUGGAGCAAAGAAUAGCACAAUGGACGAGCUACAUCCUUUCCCAUGACGCUCUGGUCUCUGAUUUGUCCCUGAGUCAACUUAAUACUGUCUGGCGCCAGGCUGUGGAUGAUCCUCUACCAGCACCAUGAUGAUGUCAGUAGAUGUGACCAACCGGAACAACCCUGUUGUUGCGCCUCCCACUUCCCUCAGCCUACGCUCCUCCCACAACCAACUACUCAGCAGUGAUGUCAUCAGACAGGGCUCUGCCACGCCUCCAAAGUGUCGUAAAAAGUAUGCGCUCACAAGCAUCCAAGCUGCUAUGGGCCUUGGAGAAGCAGCACCAUCUGUGUCACCGCCCACAUCAUCUCCACCGUCGCAGUUGUCAACUCCCAACAAUCCCAAAUUGGCUAAAAAUGGGGUCAACCAGCUCCGUAAGGCUGGUCAAGAUCACAACCAAAACCCAACAGAUGCUGACAUGACUGAACUGGAGUGUAGUUUGGAUACGCAAUCAGAUGACCUCAAUGUCUACACUGACGAGGGCGUUCUUGGACAGCCCCUCUCGUGUAAUAGUGAUGAGGACGAUGCCAUUAAGCUUGAAAUUGAAGGGGAUGUUGACGAAGAGCCAGAGCCCAAGUCUGAAUCGGACCUAGACAGCACCAUAAACUCCACUGUGGAGCUCUCACUGAAUGGCAACUCCACAGACUUGGACAUGAACAUUGAGGUUGAGCAAAGUGAUGAUAUCAGCAUCUUGUCAGAGAAGGAGAUGUUGUCAGUGAUGAAGAUCGAGGAGGAAGGCGAUGAGGCGUUGGAGGAGGAUGAGGAGGAGAAGCCUCUACUGAGGAUAGACAGUGACACUCGGCUGAAGAGCAUUAAGGUUUCAUCCUCUUUGGUGCUCAUUUCUGACCUUCAGUCAAACUUCAAGCUGCUGGCAACAGGGAAGGACUCCCAGGUGCCUCCACCACCGUCCCUACCCAGGCAGCUACCCAGAGAGGACACACAGCUUCUCUCUGUGGCCUCCUGCUCGUCCUCUGCCACAUCCUCCCCAGAAACCAAGAAGGACAGAAGGACAGGUGCAAAGACGGACUGCGCUUUGAACCGUAUCCAGAAUCUGAACCCCAGUGAUGAAGAGUUGAGCUGGACCACAUUGUCUCAAGAGAGCAACUCCCCAGAGGAGACAGAUAUCUGGAAUGAGCAGUCAUUCCAGACCGACCCUGACCUUCCUCCAGGAUGGAAGAAAAUCACAGACAUGGCUGGGAUUUAUUACUGGCACAUUCCUACUGGAACCACUCAGUGGGAAAGGCCGGACAGUCACCCUGUAGCCCCCGGCCAGAUUGACCCCCAGGCUCUUGGUGACCACACAAGCUCAACACCACGUAAACACUCCCUGAGCUCACUCAGCCCCUCACCCACCCCUGACCACGAGUCCUGUCAGGCAGACAUCUUCUACAGGGCCUCUUCCAGAUCAGCCAGUACCACCUCGGAUAGCUCAGUGGAGCCUCUUUCUGCUCAUGAGCCCACUCUCCCAACAUGUGGAUUUGUCAACAGUUGCUACUUCCCCCGGUCCACGUCACUGCUGGGAAUGUCGGAUCAAGAAUGUCGGCCACAGCAGGAAGAUGAGGACAAGAAACAGAUGUGGAGUGAUUUUGGCGGAAAGAUUGAUAGUGAAAUGUGGAAGGACCUGCAGGCAGCCACUGUGAACCCUGACCCCAGUCUGAAGGAGUUUGAGGGUGCUACCCUGCGCUAUGCUUCAUUGAAGUUGAGGAACCGUCCAGCCGAGGAUGAUGAAGAAUCUGCCAGUGUAAAGAGGGACCCAGAAGUUAAGUGUUUUGCAGUCAGGUCUCUGGGAUGGGUGGAGAUGGCAGAGGAGGACCUGGCCCCGGGCAAGAGCAGCGUUGCCGUUAACAACUGCAUUCGACAGCUGUCCUACUGCAAGAAUGACAUUCGGGACACAGUCGGCAUCUGGGGAGAGGGGAAGGACAUGUUCCUGCUGCUGGAGAAUAAUAUGUUAAAUCUCGUGGACCCAAUGGACCGCAGUGUUCUUCACUCUCAACCUAUUGCCAGCAUCCGUGUCUGGGGCGUCGGCCGGGACAAUGGAAGAGACUUUGCGUACGUGGCACGGGACAAAAACACAAGGAUUCUGAAAUGUCACGUGUUUCGCUGUGACACACCGGCCAAAGCCAUUGCCACCAGCCUGCAUGAGAUCUGCUCCCGGAUCAUGACAGAGCGGAAGAAUGCCAAAGCCAUGGCGGGUGGAUCCCUUCAAGAUAGAAUCCAGGCAGGACUUGAUCUUCCUUUACAAGAAUUCCCGACACCAAAGACUGAGCUGGUUCAGAAGUUCCAGGUUCUCUAUCUGGGGAUGCUGCCAGUGGCCAGACCUAUUGGCAUGGACAUCCUGAAUGGAGCCAUUGACAGUCUGAGAAGUUCCUCCAGCAGAGAUGAAUGGACCCCAGUAGCCCUGAAUGUUGCAGACGCAACAGUCACCAUCAGCAAGGAGCAGGCCGAAGAGGAGGUGCUGGUGGAGUGUCGCGUGCGAUUCCUGUCCUUCAUGGGAGUGGGACAUGAUGUGCACACAUUUGCUUUCAUUAUGGAUGCCGGCAGUCAUCGCUUCGACUGUCACGUCUUCUGGUGUGAGCCCAACGCCGGGAGUGUGUCGGAGGCUGUACAGGCAGCCUGUAUGCUUCGGUACCAGAAGUGUUUGGUUGCUCGUCCACUCUCCCAAAAAGCCUGCGGCUCGUCUCCCCCUGGUGAUUCCGUGUCCCGUCGAGUCUCCACCAGUGUGAAGCGUGGCGUCCUGUCACUCAUCGACACCCUCAAACAGAAGAGGCCCGUGACCGAGCUGCCGCAGUAAAUGAGCUCCCUGUCACCAUGGUAACCUGUCACGUUGCUGCCCGAACCUGUUGCUAACACAGGCACAUGUAAUCACAGCAACAGAGUUUUGUUUUUAUUUGCUUUCUGGAGCAAGAACAUUGACUUACCUCACACACCUAUGAGUUUCUGGAGAGCCAAGGAGAAAACGGGGGGAAAUGCCAUAAGGUGGUUGUUGUACAUAGACAGAGCCCGAAGGAGCGCCAAAGCUGAACGGCACAUUUGUGGAAACACUUGGGCUCUUAUUGUGUUUGUGCCGCUGGCAUGACCUCACUCAUUCACACUUUAGCUGUCGUCACCUGUGUCUCCUCAGAGUCGCCUGGAUGAUAAAAGACCAUUGCCAGUUAUGUCUCCUGACGUGCAUGUACUUUCCUGAAACAAUAUAGAGACUAAUGCUGCUUUUAGACUGGAGAGUUGAGGAAAGUUUUUUUCUCUUGCCAGCCACAUCGAUCAAAGAAGGGGUGAAUGCAUCACCUCAGCAAUCUGUUAAUGUUGGAACACCUUUUUUGCAAAGCCAUAGUGUGAAAGUCAGGGAAGGAUGAACGAAGACCAGAGCCAGAAGUCACUUUCAGUCCGGAUCUGCAUGUAUUGACGGAUGUGAGACUCAAACUGGAGCAAAAGCUGAAGCUGGUUGUGUUGGUCUGAGCUUCAGCUGCUUUUGUUGAUGCUUGUAUUGACUUUUAUUUCAUCAGUAAUCAAGUUUGGGUUCAAGUUACAAAGCAGAACAGCUGAAGUUAAGUAUUUAUAUCACACCAUGACAUGCUCGACAAGCGCCUCUGUUUUUCUGAAUCAACAGGUUUCAGUCAAAAUAAUCUAAAAUGAAAUUUGCCAAUGAUUAAUCUUAAUUUGGAAAAGAGAAGACGUCCAUUUUUAUGCCAUAGAUUCCAUUUUUUUCAAAGAUGACAAUCAAUGUUUUAGAAGUUAGCUGAGCUGCUCUCAGAAGACGGAGGGAAACAAUGUGACGUAACAGAGGGAGCAGAUGUUCACCAGAAUGAGCUGAAGUUAACGCUGAGCAUUGUUUGAGUGAAGGAAAUGGUUCAUGACUUGGUGACUUCCUUUUGGUGCGUUCAUGUGCCCUCUGACAAGUCGCACUUUCUAGAAUGUGAUGCUGCUUUUCCUGGCUUUGUUGUCCUUAUGUCAUAUAAUGUGUUAGCUCGAUGCAAAAUGACCAAUAUCCGUCAGCGCUGUAACGCACCAUCUGUUUCAAAAACUGGUCUCCAAGUCAUUUACCUUUCCUUUUCUUGCCCGUGGGAACACAUGGGACAAACCUGCAUCUGUUCUGUGGAGUCUGUGUGCUCUCCUCCCGCUGUCCAGAAACAUAGAGGUUUAUUGGUGAUCUAAAUUCUUCGGGGACGUGUAUUGGGAUCGAGGACCCGUCCAAGAUGCCUCCAGUUCAGAUUGGGAAAAUCAAGAAAGCUUAAAUUCAGAAAAACUGUGAUGCAGUAUUUCUCUUCAGUCAAUGCAAAGAACCACUAGAUGUCACUGUACACCGAGAAAUGUAUCCUUACCGUUAUUCAUAAGGAAACAUCCUAUAUGUGGUCAGUUUUCAAGGUAGUUGUAUUCAAAGAUUGUGUGUGACCUCUAGUGGUGGCAAGUGAGACCACACGUUUGUGUACAUAGCAUCCAUGUGUGUGACAGUUGGCUUCCACCUUUGUUAUAAGCUAUCCUUUAAUUCAGAUUUUUUUACCUUUCUAUUUUUCAUGUAAUGAAAUGCCUUUUUUUACCUGAUGGCCAAAGUGUAAAAUACUGAUGUAUAAAUUGUUGUAGAUAAGAAGAAUAUGAGAGCAAUGAGCUGAUUGGAAAUCUCCAUAGUUUUGGAACGCGUUAAUAGCAAGCAAUUACUGAGCGAUGAUCUAUGCAUUCUUUUAAUCGGACUAAAUGGGACGUUGUUUGUUGCCUUGCAUGCCCACAGACAUUUGAAAGAUCUGUGUGUGCGGAACAGAAAUAUUUUUAAUUUUAUUUAUUCUAUUUUAUAACAGAAUAUACAGUUUUUGUUGUUGUUGUUUUUUUUUGUUUCAUUGUGGCAAGUAAAGUCUGAGGAGCGAUGAACAAAACACACACCUGCAGAAAGAGGAAAUGGACAAGCUCUAACUCCACAUGGUGAAGCUGCUGAUGUCAAGAGUCCACAGCUGCUUGGAUGAGGAUGACGCUGAUGGGGACAGUAGCUGUGGACCCUUUCGCCAGUUCACACACUCACAUAACACAUCUCCAUUUCAAAGAGAUGGAUGUGUCGCUUCUGUUUGCUGCUCACUGAUUUGUACACCUUUUCAAUGUAGCCAAACGUGAGAAUAA